GGGAAUCCAAUAGGAAAGUUGAAAGGUGUGUGUUGGAUGUUUUUAGUUCAUUUAGUGAUAAAUUAUUUUACCGUGAUUACCUGCAAUUUUGUACACUUAUAUUUAAGUGGUAGAUUAAUAGGAAAAUCAUGAGCCAAUUACCUAGAUUGACGAGGGCAAUGAGACUGUCCACCAAUCUGGACAUUAGUCGCAAUAGUUUUGAAGAUCCUCUCCAGAAAUAUUCAGUAGGAAGAGGAUUUAGCGAUGAAGAUGAUAUCAGCUACAAGGAUGUCACAAAACGUCUUCAAUCUACAGGAGACUCAAAAUCCCUCACACAUCUGCAGAAUUUGUGGAGGAAAACAAAAGAACUUCUAGGUCCGGAAGAGCCUCCAGAAGUGGUUGAUGAUGCUACGGUGUUUAUCCUGAAGCGUCUCCUAAACGAGAUAAAGGUGUCCAUGGAACAAGUGGCUGAGCUGAAGAGGAUCUUUGGGGUACUGACCAGCCAAGGAGCCAAUAGUUUGUUUGAGUUCGUAAAAGACUUCAGAAACUCCCUGAACAGUGAGAAUAAAUCCUUCUUAGAAGAGGCCUUCACAGCCAAGUCUUCCACAAAGCUCUGGGGCUCACACAUUCAGUGCCAACUGCCCCAAUUGGAGCAGAUUGAUGUGUCGAAACUCAAGGAAUUGAGUCCAAAUGUUGCAGCUCCCUGUACAGCCAUUCAGGAGUUCUCCAUGGCCUACGACAACUACGCCCCUUCGACGUCAAAUGCCGUCAACGGAAGUGGUCAGAACGAGAAGAAAUUCACAAGGAACUGGCUGGCAAAUCAUGUUCCUCUGGAUCUAGUUGAAUCUCUCGUGAAUAUGUUGAAGUCUCAAAAAUCCAGUGAUGAGCUGCAGAAUGAACUUUUCGAUAUGCUGGGAUUUGACAAAUUCGAGGCCAUUCAGGAGAUCCUGCAGAAUCGCAAUGUGAUCGUCAAGGUGAUAGAGAGUGGGGAUAAGAAGCAACAGCUGAAGGAGAAAGCUCUCAUGCAGAAGAUCAAUCGACCUCAGGUUGGCAUCCAAGUUACAAUCCAGUCAGAGCACGAAAAGCAGCUGAUGAAACAACUGCGCAAGGACGAGCAGAAACUAAAGAAGCUUGCAGCGAAGGCUGACAACGACGAUUUGAACAUUCCAGAAGAUAUAGAUCCAAUGAAAUUUAGGCUUAUUAGCCAACAAGCUCUCAAUCAAGCUGCCAAAUUCAAUCCACUCCUCCAUGAUCGCCCUAAAGCCAAAAUAUCGUCCCAUAAACCCUCAAUCCCUCGGUAUCCGAAUGUCUACGACUCUCAACUCGAGGCGAAAAGCCAUGUAGGCUUUGUGUCUGGAGGAAAACUCAUGCUACCGGACAACGUAGAGAGGAAGGACUCGAAGAUCUGCGAAGAAGUUAGAAUUCCAGCCUGUGAUCCACCGCCCCUUUCCGUUGGGAAUACCAAAGUUAAGGUUAGCGAUCUAGAUGAGAUUGGGCAGAUUGCUUUUCGAGGAACGAAAGAACUCAACCGAAUCCAGAGUGUGGUCUAUCCAACUGCUUACCACAGCAAUGAAAACUUGCUAGUUUGUGCUCCUACAGGCGCGGGGAAGACAAAUGUGGCGAUGCUGGCGAUCGUGCAUGCGAUCAGGAACCAUGUGACUGAAGGAAUUAUCGAUAGGAGUCAGUUUAAGAUUGUCUACGUAGCUCCGAUGAAAGCUCUGGCAGCUGAGAUGACGGAGAAUUUCGGGAAGAAGCUCAAGCCGUUGGGGAUCUCUGUUCGGGAAUUGACUGGAGAUAUGCAACUAACGAAGGCGGAGAUGGCAGAUACUCAGAUGAUUGUGACGACUCCUGAGAAAUGGGACGUCGUUACGAGGAAGGGAGCUGGAGAUGUGGCGAUGAUUAGUUUGGUUAAGUUGCUAAUUAUCGACGAAGUUCACUUGUUGCAUGGAGAAAGAGGUCCGGUUGUUGAGGCUUUGGUAGCCAGGACUCUUCGUUUAGUUGAAUCUUCGCAAUCAAUGAUCCGAAUUGUGGGAUUGUCAGCAACACUUCCCAACUACAUCGAUGUAGCGAGAUUCCUGAGGGUUAACCCAAUGAUUGGGUUGUUCUUCUUUGAUUCGAGGUUCAGACCUAUUCCACUCGGUCAGGUGUUUAUUGGGGUGAAGGCUCAGAAGCCGCUGCAACAGCUGUCGGACAUGGAUCAGAUCUGCUAUGAUAAGUGCGUGGAGAUGCUAAAGAAGGGUCAUCAGGUUAUGGUUUUUGUCCAUGCUAGAAAUGCCACGGUUAGGACAGCGGUCAUCCUUCGUGAAAUGGCACAACAGAAGCAGCAACUGGGUAUUUUUGCCCCGGAAGACACUACGGAGUACGGUCUGGCCAAGAAAGCCAUCUCCAAGAGUAGGAACAAGCAACUGGUUGAACUCUUCCACACCGGCUUGGCGAUGCACCAUGCUGGGAUGCUGCGGACCGAUCGGUCGCUUGUUGAGAAGUAUUUCGCUGAAGGACACAUUCGGGUACUGGUUUGCACGGCAACCCUUGCAUGGGGAGUCAAUCUUCCGGCGCAUGCUGUCAUCAUCAAGGGAACGGAAAUCUACGAUUCAAAGCACGGUACCUUCAUAGAUCUAGGUAUUCUAGAUGUGCUGCAAAUCUUCGGUAGAGCUGGAAGACCUCAGUUUGAUAAGAGUGGUGUCGGCAUGAUUAUAACCACUCAUGAUAAACUUACGCACUAUCUCUCCCUGUUGACCAAUCAAUUUCCCAUCGAAUCGAACUUUAUCCAAUGCCUGGCGGACAAUCUCAAUGCAGAGAUCACUUUGGGGACGAUUUCGAAUGUUGAUGAGGCCAUAGAAUGGCUCAGUUAUACGUACCUGUUUGUAAGGAUGAGGAUCAAUCCGCAAGUGUACGGAAUGAACUAUUCUGACGUCCAAGCGGACUUUACGUUGGAGAGGAAGCGAAGAGAACUGAUCCAUGUAGCUGCUAUGGCUCUGGAUAAAGCCAGGAUGAUUCGGUACAAUACCCGAACGAAUGAUCUGAACAUUACAGAUCUUGGACGAACAGCCAGUCACUUCUACGUAAAGUACGAUACCGUUGAAGUCUUCAAUGAGAUGAUGCGGCAACUGAUGACAGAAGCUGAAAUUCUGGAGAUGAUGUCACAUGCUCAAGAAUUCCAGCAACUUAAGGUUCGUGAUGAUGAGAUGGACGAACUAGAUUUUCUCACUAAAGAAUACUGUGAAGUGGUAGUGAAAGGUGGAAGUGAGAACCUGCAUGGGAAAGUCAAUAUUCUGAUGCAGACUUUCCUAUCCCGAGGUUUCGUCAAGUCCUUCUCACUCAUCUCUGACAUGAGUUACAUCACUCAGAAUGCUGUUAGGAUCGCCAGAGCACUCUUCACAAUCGUUCUGCGACAGAACAAUCCUAUCCUGGCUGGAAGACUCCUAAUGAUGAGUAUAAUGUUUGAACGUCAAAUGUGGGACUUUGAAACGCCACUUCGACAGUUCUACAUUAUCCCACAGGAUGUCAUUGAGAAGAUUGAGAAUCGAGGACUGUCGAUCUAUGCCCUCAGAGAAAUGGAUAGCAAGGAGAUCGGCGAUAUGUUGAGGAAUCACAAAUAUGGCAGCAUGGUGAAGAGAUGUGCAGAAGAAUUUCCAAUUUUGGAAGUUGAAGCUUCCCUGCAACCAAUCACACGAACAGUCUUGAGGAUCAGGAUCUUUCUUACGGGAUCCUUCAAGUGGAAUGAUCGAGUCCAUGGAAGAUUUGCUGAAUCUUUCUGGGUUUGGAUUGAAGAUCCUGAAAGUAACUUUAUCUACCAUUCGGAACUGUUUCAGUUGACGAGGAAGCAAGCGAUAACGAAGGAACCACAGGAAUUGGUGAUGACGAUACCGCUUAAGGAUCCCCUACCACCACAGUACUACAUCAGGGUGACCAGUGACACUUGGUUAGGAAGUCAUACUACGCAUCCGUUGUCGUUCCAGCAUCUAAUCUUGCCUGAGAUUCAUCCACCUCAUACGGAACUACUACCUCUGCAACCACUGCCAGUUUCUGUUCUGAAGAAUUCAAAGUACGAAGCCCUGUAUCCAUUCAGUCAUUUUAAUCCCAUUCAGACACAAAUCUUCCACUGUCUCUAUCAUACGGACAACAAUGUAUUAUUAGGAGCUCCGACAGGAUCGGGCAAGACGAUUGCAGCUGAAAUAGCCAUCUUUAGGGUGUUUGAAAAGUAUCCAGGUGGCAAAGUUGUCUACAUUGCUCCGUUGAAAGCUCUGGUUCGCGAAAGGAUAGAGGAUUGGAAGGUGAGACUCGAAGGACGAUUGGGGAAGAAAGUUGUUGAACUAACAGGAGAUGUUACACCAGAUAUACGUGCUAUCAAAGAAGCACAGAUUAUUGUAACGACCCCGGAGAAGUGGGACGGUAUAAGUAGAUCUUGGCAAACAAGGGACUACGUCAAAGACGUAGCAUUGAUUGUGAUCGACGAAAUUCAUCUUCUGGGUGAGGAUCGAGGACCAGUUCUUGAAGUUAUAGUCUCACGAACAAACUUCAUUUCAAACCACACUGAAAAGACGCUAAGGAUUAUAGGGCUGUCUACAGCUCUGGCAAAUGCUAAGGACUUAGCUAAUUGGUUGGGAAUACAACAAAUGGGAUUGUAUAACUUCAAACCAUCUGUACGUCCUGUUCCACUAACAGUUCACAUAAGUGGAUAUCCUGGAAAGCACUACUGCCCUAGAAUGGCAACAAUGAACCGACCUACAUAUCAAGCUAUAAGGCAGUAUUCACCAUGUACGCCGGCCCUGGUGUUCGUCUCUUCGCGACGGCAAACCAGGUUGACGGCAUUGGACUUGAUUGCCUUUCUUGCCACUGAAGACAAUCCCAAACAAUUCUUGCACAUUCCGGAAGAUGAAAUUGAACAAAUCCUAGCGAACAUACAUGAUGCCAAUCUGAAGUUGACCCUAGCUUUUGGUAUAGGUUUGCACCAUGCGGGACUGCAAGAAAGGGAUCGAAAGACUUGCGAAGAAUUGUUUUUGAAUCGAAAGAUUCAGGUUCUAGUAGCUACUGCUACCCUUGCUUGGGGUGUCAAUCUCCCAGCUCACUUGGUUGUUAUCAAGGGAACUGAGUAUUACGAUGGAAAGCAGAAACGGUAUGUGGAUAUGCCGAUAACGGACGUACUGCAAAUGAUGGGCAGAGCGGGAAGACCGCAGUUUGGCAAUGAAGGUAUUGCUGUUGUCUUGGUGCAUGAUAUCAAAAAGAAUUUCUACAAGAAGUUUCUGUACGAUCCGUUCCCGGUUGAAUCUAGUCUGCAUAGUGUUAUACCAGAUCACAUCAAUGCUGAAAUUGUUGCAGGAACGGUACAGACUAAACAAGGUAUUUUGGAUUACCUUACUUGGACUUACUUCUUCAGGAGACUCAUGCGUAAUCCAACCUACUACAAUUUGGAAUCAAUUGAACCGGAGGAUGUCAAUAAGUAUCUUACGUAUAUGGUUGAAAAUGUGUUGAUGGUGCUGGAUUUGGCUGGUUGUGUUGAAUGGAAUGAGGAAGAUCGAUACAUCUAUCCUACGUCCCUAGGGAGGAUUUCUUCUUUCUACUAUCUUUCGCACAAAACAAUGAGGCAUUUUGCUGAUAGCCUAGGUCCUCAGUUGAAGUAUGAGGAAUUACUGAGGAUCAUGUGUGAUUCGUAUGAAUUUGAUCAGCAACCUGUGAGGCACAAUGAAGAUAAGUACAACGAAGAACUAGCUGCAAUUUGUAGAUUGCCCGUUGCAGCUUCGACUUGUGAUUCGCCGUAUACCAAAACGUUCCUGCUGAUGCAGGCUCACUUCGGAAGGCUUCCAUUGCCAAAUGCAGACUAUCAUACGGACACGAAGUCGGUUUUGGAUCAAGCAAUUAGGAUAUUGCAAGCUAUGGUGGAUGUUUGUGCGGAAAGGGGAUGGUUGGCGUCAACACUGAGGAUUCAGCAGUUGAUGCAAUGUGUGAUUCAGGCUAGAUGGUUCGAUGACUCCCCAUUGACGUGUUUGCCGCAUGUGGAGGAGCAUCAUCUGCCACUGUUUGAUAGGAUCAAUACUGGUGGGCAGGAACCGAUUUUGCCGGUUUUGAGAGAACGUUUUUAUCGGCAUUUUGAGGUUAUGGCGGCAUCCCUUAGAGAUGGAUUUCUCGAGAGGGAACUUGAGGAUAUUCACAAAGUUCUCAAGGAAUUACCUAUAGUUAGUGUAAAGUUGUCUGUCCAGGGACCGCAUUUGGAUGAUCCCAGGGCUGAUAGGGAAAUUACACAGCCUGCAAAUAGAGAAACUUGGCUGGAAGUUCAUGCAGGGGAAGAGUACACCUUGACUGUGAACUUCCAGCGGAAGGGAUUGAAGCAGGGGAGUAGUGUACAUUGCCCGAAGUUUCCCAAGGGGAAGGAUGAAGGUUGGUUCCUCACGCUGGGAUGUCAGAAUGAUGGGGAAUUGAUUGCGCUCAAGAGGGCAGCCUUCAAGGGAACCCGAUCAACGCAGUACCUAGUCUUUGAAGCUCCGUCCAAGCCGGGAAGAGUUAUUUACACAUUCUACCUGCUGUCAGAUUGCCUCAUGGGGAUGGAUCAACAGUAUGAUGUCCAGCUGGAGGUACUUCCUGGUCAGGGAGGCAGGAACUUCGAAGAUGAAGUAUACGCUGAAAAUUAUGUGAGAUUUAUGCAAGAGAAAGACCCAAAAUUUAAACUCUGAACAUUUAUUGUUCUAUUUUUCCUAACCUAAAAGACUACAUCGGGCUGUCAGGGAGUCCGCGCGAAAAGUGGACUGGAACUUUAGGCAAUAAUUCUGACCAAGAUUGCAGAGUGAAAUAAAAGAAUUUGUCCUA